CAGUAGGUACCGAGAGCAGCAGGAGAGAGCUACACCAAGCGGCCUCUUGUGAGUUGGCAGUUUACUACUGUACUGGCUCUUGCCUCGUCGUUCCCUUUCCUUUUGCCUCCUUUCACUUAUUAGGCAGAUACAGCUGAGUCUGCUUUCUGCCACCCCCCCCUGGCAGCCCUCGUUCACCCUGCUGUCCAGCUGCAUUGUUUCGCAGCACUGUCGCAGCACCACCCAAAACGUGGGCUGUGAGCACACCAGAAUCUGUGGGCGACCUCAAAUCCCUGGCCACAACAAUCCAACCUAUUCAAUCAGGCGUCGGCGGAGCCUCUGAACUGCCCCAGAUACCCCGACCUGUACUCCUCAGAAUGAGAUAGGCCCUUCAGGAUUGCCCAGUGCAGGGACAGCAGCCGUCCGGGACAAGAUGGCGAAUCAAGGCUCCCGCCCACUCGAGAUAGCCCUCGAGAACCUGGACACCCUGCUUAGGGAGAUCAAGUCCAGGACCAUCUCUGAGGACCAGCGCAAACGCUUCGCCAGGCAACUGCGAGAUGCCAUUGUCGAGCGGUGCCACCGCGAGCUCGCUCCCGAAAACUUCGCGAUACUCUCCGCCCAGUUGCAGAAGGCCAUCAGCAACCUCAUCAAUCAUGGCAACGACACCGCCGAGCGCCUGGGUGGCGUUUAUAUCAUCGACACGCUGGUCGAUUUCGAGGGCAUCGACAUGGCGACCAAGUACACCCGAUUCACACAAACCCUUCGACAGAUCCUGCGAGGAAAAGACAUAAAUCCCAUGCGCCCAGCUGCUGAGGUCCUUGGAAAGCUCUGUAGGCCUGGUGGGUCCAUCAUCUCGGAACUGGUGGAAGCAGAGACCAAGAACGCCCUGGAGUGGCUGCAGUCCGAUCGCAUAGAGGAGAGGCGAUACAGCGCGGUGCUUGUUCUGCGGGAGCUCGCAAGAAAUGCCCCCACGCUCAUGUACGCUUAUGUUGGCAUGGUCUUCGACAUGCUGUGGGCCGGACUCCGGGACCAACGACACUUGAUCCGAGCCACGUCUGCUGAGUGCGUCAGCGCGUGCUUCCGGAUCAUCAGGGAGCGAGACCAAGAACUGAAACAAAUCUGGAUGGAUAAGAUGUACAGUGAGGCGUUGCAGGGCUUGAAGACUGGCUCCGUCGAGUUCAUUCAUGCUUCCCUUCUUGUCUUGAAGGAGCUGCUGGAGCAGGGCGGCAUGUACAUGCAGGACCACUACCAAGAAGCAUGCGACAUCGUAUCUCGAUUUAAGGACCACCGGGACCCGACCAUUCGCAAGACUGUCGUGCUGCUCAUCCCAGACCUCGCCAACUAUGCACCAUCCGAGUUCGCGUCCACCCGACUACAUGGGUUCAUGCUACACCUCUCCAGCAUGCUCAAGAAGGAGAAGGAGAGAAACGACGCAUUCCUCGCAAUCGGCAAUAUCGCCAAUUCGGUCAAGAGCGCAAUUGCGCCCUAUCUCGACGGCGUGCUGAUAUAUGUUCGCGAGGGUCUGAGCGUGCAGUCUCGAAAGCGUGGCUCCGUCGACCCUGUCUUCGACUGCAUCAGCCGACUCGCCGUUGCUGUUGGCCAGACACUGAGUAAAUACAUGGAGGCACUCCUGGCGCCCAUCUUUGCUUGUGAGCUCACGCCAAAGCUGACCCAAGCUCUUGUCGAUAUGGCUUUCUACAUCCCCCCAGUCAAAGCCACGAUCCAGGAGAGGCUCCUCGAUAUGCUCAGCAAGGUGCUCUGCGGACAGCCCUUCAAGCCACUCGGUGCCCCGCAGCCAAAUACUCUCCCUUCAGUGCCAGUCAUCCAGAAAGAUCCGAAGGACCCGUUGGCGUAUGAGCACAGAAAAGCUGAGAUAAAGCUGGCGCUCAAUACUUUGGGGAGCUUUGAUUUCUCAGGUCAUGUCCUUAACGAGUUCGUUCGCGACGUUGCGAUCAAAUACGUUGAAGAUGAUGACCCCGAGAUCCGGGAGGCGGCCGCAUUGACGUGCUGCCAGCUCUACGUCCGCGACCCAAUCGUCAACCAGACCAGCUACCACGCCCUGGCCGUUGUUGGCGAAGUCAUAGAGAAGCUUCUGACUGUGGGUGUCUCUGAUCUUGAUCCCACUAUCCGCCGCACCGUCCUUGCAGCCCUCGACGAACGCUUCGACCGGCAUCUCUCAAAGGCUGAGAAUAUCCGGACCCUGUUUUUUGCCCUAAACGACGAGUACUUCCCCAUCAGAGAAGUAGCCAUCUCAAUCAUUGGCAGACUUGCGAGAUACAACCCGGCUUAUGUGGCUCCUUCCCUCCGCAAGACUCUGAUUCAAAUGCUUACUGAGCUUGAAUUUUCGAACGUGGCGAGGAACAAGGAAGAGAGUGCCAAGCUUCUUUCGCUGUUGGUUCAAAAUGCUCAGGAGAUUAUCAACCCCUACGUGGAUUCUAUGGUUAAGGUCCUUCUUCCCAAGGCUAGCGAUAAAUCCCCUUCGGUCGCCGCCACCAUCCUUAAGGCGCUUGGCGAGUUGUGUGCGGUUGGUGGAGAGAGCAUGCUGCCAUACAAGGAUGAGCUCAUGCCCAUGAUCAUUGAGGCUUUGCAGGACCAAAGCUCCGCUCAGAAGCGGGAGGCUGCUCUCCACACUCUCGGCCAGUUGGCUAGCAAUUCUGGCUAUGUCAUUGAACCUUACCUGGAUCACCCGCAGCUUCUCGAACUUUUGCAGAACAUCAUACGCAGUGAGCCCCAACAUGGACCACUUCGGCAAGAGACGAUCAAGCUUCUUGGUAUUCUGGGUGCCCUUGACCCUUACCGUUACCAGCAAGUGGAGGAGCGCACCCCCGAGAUAUCAAGGCGUGUCGAGUCUACAGCGAUGACUGACGUCUCGCUGAUGAUGACCGGACUGACGCCGUCCAACAAAGAGUACUAUCCCACUGUCGUCAUCAAUGCGCUUCUCAACAUCCUGAAGGACCAUUCCUUGGUGUCCUACCAUGCUCAAGUCAUUGAUGCCAUCAUGAAUAUCUUCCGCACUCUCGGUCUUGAAUGCGUGUCUUUCCUGGACCGUAUCAUACCUGCGUUCCUGAUGGUCAUUCGCAGCACUAAUGGUCCGCGGCGCGAAUCAUAUUUCAAUCAACUCGCCAUGCUGGUCAGCAUUGUGCGCCAACAUAUUCGCAAUUUCUUGCCAGAGAUUGUGGACCUCCUCCAGGAAUUCUUUCCCGACAAGCCCCCAACCCUGCAGUCGACAAUCCUGUCGCUCGUGGAAGCUAUUUCUCGGUCUCUGGAAGGCGAGUUCAAGGUUUACUUGGCCGGGCUCCUGCCCAUGAUGCUCCAUGUUCUCGAGCAUGAGACAGUUCCUAAGCGCACCGCCUCCGAGAAGGUCCUUCAUGCUUUUCUGGUCUUCGGCUCGAGUGCAGAGGAGUACAUGCAUCUCAUCAUCCCAGUCAUUGUUCGGACGUUUGAAAAGCCCAGCAAUCCAACAGUCUUGCGCCGCUCGGCGAUCGAGACGAUCGGCAAAAUCUCUCGGCAGGUAAAUCUUAACGACUUUGCUGCCAAGAUUAUCCAUCCUCUGACGAGGGUUCUACAAACGAAUGAUGUCACCCUCCGGAUGGCCGCGAUGGACACGCUCUGUGCCCUCAUCCAGCAAUUGGGCCGUGACUACCUGCAUUUCUCCCACACUGUUGGCAAGAUCCUACGAGAUAACGGCAUACAGCACUCCAACUACGACCUGCUUGUCAAUCGUCUCAAAGAGGGAGGUGUCCUGCCACAGGACCUCAGUUCCGAGACACGUUUUGUUGACCAGGUUGAUGAGACGCCCUUCGCGGACCUUGGAACUAAGAAGUUGGAAAUGAACGCUAUACAUCUGAAAUCUGCAUGGGACACCAGAGGCAAAUCGACCAAAGAAGACUGGCAGGAAUGGCUACGUCGCUUCAGCACGACGCUGUUGACAGAGUCACCAAACCAUGCCCUAAGAGCCUGUGCCUCGUUGGCAAGUGUCUAUCUGCCCCUUGCCCGAGAACUCUUCAAUUCGGCAUUCGUAAGCUGUUGGAGUGAGCUCUAUGAGCAGUUUCAGGAAGAGCUUAUUCUCAACCUUGAGAAUGCGAUAAAGUCGGAGAAUGUGACUCCAGAUCUGCUCAACCUCCUCCUACACCUGGCCGAAUUCAUGGAGCAUGAUGACAAGGCCCUGCCUAUUGAUAUCCGUGUCCUUGGCAGAGAAGCAGCUCGAUGCCACGCCUAUGCAAAGGCGCUUCACUACAAGGAACUUGAAUUUCUCCAGGACCAAAGCAGUGGCGCGGUUGAGGCAUUGAUUGUCAUCAACAACCAGCUUCAACAGUCCGAUGCAGCAAUCGGUAUUCUGCGCAAAGCCCAACUCUACAAAGAUGGGAUCCAACUGCGUGAGACUUGGUUUGAGAAGCUCGAGAGAUGGGAAGAGGCCCUCGCGUUCUACAAUAAGCGUGAAGCCGAGGUCCCUGAAGAACAAGCAGUACCAGUGGAGAUUGUCAUGGGCAAAAUGCGCUGUCUGCAUGCUCUGGGCGAGUGGGAUGCACUGGGUCAGUUGACAGGGACUACGUGGGCGAACUCGUCGCCUGAAGUCCAACGACUCAUUGCCCCCUUGGCCACUACUGCUGCCUGGGGCCUCGGGAAGUGGGAUUCCAUGGACAACUACUUGCAGUCCCUGAAACGGUUCUCCCCAGACAGAGCUUUCUUCGGUGCUAUUCUCGCCCUCCAUCGCAAUCAGUUCAGGGAAGCCGCGCAGAAUAUCGAGGCUGCUAGGGAAGGCCUUGACACGGAGCUCAGCGCACUCGUCAGCGAGUCUUACAACCGGGCUUACCAGGUCAUCGUACGCGUUCAGAUGCUGGCAGAGCUCGAGGAGAUCAUCGUCUACAAGCAGACUGAUGCAAAGAAGCAGGCAACAAUGCGCCGCACUUGGGAGCAGCGUCUGAAGGGCUGCCAACGCAAUGUUGAUGUCUGGCAGAGAAUGCUACGUCUGCGGGCCCUCGUCAUAACACCGACGGAGAACAUGCACAUGUGGAUCAAAUUCGCCAAUCUUUGCCGCAAAUCAGGACGUAUGAGCCUCGCCGAGAAGUCUUUGAAGCAGCUCAUUGGUAGCGAUGCGCCUUUGGAGUCCAUGAUCCCCUUCUGGAACGAUCGGAACCUGCGCCCCAAUAUCCCUAACCAGGUAGUCUACGCUGUUCUGAAAUAUCAGUGGGAGCUCGGCCAACAAGCCACACACAAAGACACGGACGUCUCGGAGAAGGCACUCAAAUGCCUUCGGCUGUUCACUAUGGAGUCGGCGAAAGCUUUUGAGAUCCUUAGAGCUGCUCCUAUGCAAUCGCACCAAGCCAACGGCGACAAUUUCCACUUGUCACACAGUCUUGGGUAUGCGGACGGCCAUGGCUCCCAUGACGCAUACCUAUCCCAGCAGAGGGCCACUGUUGACGAGGCGGUACUUCUUGCAAAAUGCUACCUCCGUCAAGGAGAGUGGAUGAUUGCUUUGGACACCGACAACUGGCAACAUACACACGUGAGGGAGAUCUUGACCUGCUACUCGCAAGCCACAAAGUACAACUCCAGAUGGUACAAGGCCUGGCAUGCAUGGGCUUUGGCAAACUUCGAGGUCGUUCAGGCACUCUCAUCAAACGGCGAGGGCGUUCCAUCGCGAAUCGACCACGCUGUCGUCGCCAAUCAUGUUGUUCCGGCUGUUCAUGGUUUCUUUGAGUCUAUCUCUUUGUCCCAGGGCAGCUCCCUGCAGGAUACUCUGCGGUUGCUGACGCUUUGGCUCACCCAUGGCGGAUACUCUGAGGUCACGUCCGCUGUCACCGAAGGGUUUACUCGCGUCAGUGUCGACACGUGGCUUGAAGUUAUCCCACAACUGAUUGCGCGAAUAAACCAGCCCAACAAGCGAGUGCAGCAAUCUGUUCACCACCUGCUGGCCGACGUGGGCAGGGCUCAUCCCCAAGCAUUGGUUUACCCCCUUACAGUGGCCAUGAAGUCUUGGCAAGGUAGCCGUAGGUCGCGAUCUGCCGCACAGAUCAUGGACAGCAUGCGACAGCACAGCUCCAAAUUGGUUGAGCAGGCUGACACAGUCAGCCACGAACUAAUUCGUGUGGCUGUCUUGUGGCAUGAGCUGUGGCACGAGGGCCUCGAAGAGGCGAGUCGCUUGUACUUCGUUGUGCACAACAUCGAGGGCAUGUUCGCGGCGCUAGAGCCACUCCAUCAACUAUUGGACCGUGGCCCAGAGACGCUCAGAGAGAUCUCCUUCGUUCAGACGUUUGGCCGGGAUCUUACGGAAGCCAGGGAGUGGUGUAGGCAGUACGAGGUCAGCCAUGAUGUGAACGACCUCAACCAAGCCUGGGAUCUGUACUACCAAGUCUAUCGGCGCAUCUAUCGGCAGCUGCCGCAAAUGACAUCCCUCGAGCUGACGUAUUGCUCACCAAAGCUGAUGGAGGCCAAAGAUCUCGAUCUUGCGGUGCCGGGUACCUACAAGAGUGGCCAGCCUGUCGUGAGCAUCACGUCUUUCGACACGACGUUCAGCGUUAUUAGCAGCAAGCAACGUCCGCGAAAGUUGAACAUCAACGGCAGCGAUGGCCAAUCUUAUACCUUCCUGCUCAAGGGCCACGAGGACAUACGACAGGACGAACGUGUCAUGCAACUCUUUGGUCUCUGCAACACUCUGCUGGCGAACGACUCGGAGUGCUACAAGCGUCACUUGAACAUCCAGAGAUACCCGGCGAUCCCCUUGAGCCAUAGCUCUGGCUUGUUGGGCUGGGUCCCAAACAGCGACACGGUGCACAUGCUCAUAAGAGAGUACCGAGAGAGCCGAAAGAUCCUCCUUAAUAUAGAGCAUCGCAUUAUGUUGCAGAUGGCCCCUGAUUACGACAACUUGACCCUGAUGCAGAAGGUCGAAGUCUUCGGCUAUGCUCUCGACAACACCACAGGCCAGGACUUGUAUCGCGUGUUGUGGCUGAAGAGCAAGAGCUCAGAGGCCUGGCUGGAGCGGCGCACGAACUACACGCGCAGUCUUGGUGUGAUGAGCAUGGUCGGCUAUAUCCUGGGUCUUGGAGACCGUCACCCUUCGAAUUUGAUGCUGGAUCGGAUCACCGGAAAGAUUAUUCACAUCGACUUCGGUGACUGCUUCGAAGUGGCCAUGAAGCGGGAGAAAUACCCCGAGAGGGUCCCAUUCCGUCUCACGCGUAUGCUCACGUACGCUAUGGAGGUCUCCAACAUUGAGGGAAGCUUCCGAAUCACGUGUGAGCAUGUGAUGAGGGUCCUCAGGGACAACAAGGAAAGUGUCAUGGCGGUCUUGGAAGCGUUUAUUCAUGAUCCACUCCUUACCUGGCGGUUGACCAGCGCCGCCAGCCCAGCAGGACCUAACUUCACCUCUGAGAGAGAGCAAGCCAUUGUUGGCGCUCAGGCGCCCCGCGGCCGACGCGCAUCUAUACUGGACGCAGACCCUGCCGCGCUCCGUGCCGCUCAGGCAGCGGUCAGCUUGACCAACGACAACACAAUGGCGGGCGGGCCACCUCGAGCCCGUGCACGCACGAAUUCAUCUGCUGGUCCCGUCGUCGGCAGCCUGGGUAUGAACGGCGCCAACGGCGUCAAUGGCCAGCAGAACCAGGAUCCCACCGAGAUACAGAAUGCACGGGCGGUCGAGGUGUUGGAUCGGGUUUCUCAGAAACUGACAGGCAGAGACUUCAAAGCUGGCGAGGAGCUGGACGUGCUCACACAGGUCGACAAGCUCAUUGUCGAGGCGACAAAACUGGAGAAUCUCUGCCAGCAUUACAUUGGUUGGUGCAGUUUCUGGUAAUUGAAUAGAGGGCACAGUGGAUGGAUGCUUGUGCGACCCUCAUCGUGGGCAAGGUAUGAAGGGAGUAUGUGUAUGUUUCGGUACCUUUUCCUGUUUCUAUGCAUAUGCAGAGGCGAGCAUCAGGUUCUUGACAAAGGCAAAUCAAAAUUGAGCUCGGGCUGGAAAGGUUGUUUUCAAAUUCGGAGGAGUGGUGUUUUCGCGAGGAGUUUGAGGUUGAGGUUUACAGGGCCAUUUCGAUACCGGCAGCAGAUAGCCAUAGAGAGGGGGGGAUAAAUGCUCAUUUCUCGACCUUGGUCUCUAUUGAA